AUGAAGUUGCAACUGCGUGAACUUCAACAGGCGCCCUCACAUGUGCAAUCAACACGGCGUGAGGCUGCUACAUCUGCCACAGCUACAGCAAAAUCAUACAGGGAUGUUGUGUGGGCAGUGAAUGGUAACCCUAGUGUCUCCAAGGCCACAGCUCCUGGUAUGAAUUCACUACCUGAGCCAUCAGUUGUGACGGGUGAAAACCCUUCCGGUGGUGAUUUUGUAACGGUAGUUAAGAAGAAGCGCGUAGCCCCAUCUCUUGUUAACACUGUGAACACUGUUGCCAAUACCUCCAAGAAACGCAGGGUUGCCAUGAUCGGAUCCCUGGAAAGUACUCGGCGGAUGAUAGCACUAUGCGAGGAGAGCAAGGAAGCUGGCAUCCGCACACUGGUUGCCCUGGAUGACCAGGGAGAGCAAUUGGACCGAAUUGAAGAAGGGAUGGACCAAAUCAAUGCUGACAUGCGAGAAGCAGAAAAGAACCUCACUGGCAUGGAAAAAUGCUGCGGAUUGUGUGUACUGCCUUGCAACAAGUCAGCCUCAUUCAAGGAGGAUGAGGGCACAUGGAAAGGGAAUGAUGAUGGUAAGGUUGUUAACAAUCAACCUCAGCGUGUGAUGGAUGACAGGAACGGACUGGGGCCCCAGGGAGGAUACAUUGCCAGGAUCACAAAUGAUGCUCGUGAAGAUGAGAUGGAAGAGAACAUGGGACAGGUGAACACGAUGAUAGGCAACCUGCGCAACAUGGCAAUUGACAUGGGUUCAGAAUUGGAGAACCAGAACCGGCAGAUCGACAGAAUCAACCGCAAGGGGGAGUCGAACGAGACAAGGAUAGCAGUUGCCAACCAGCGAGCCCACGACCUGUUGAAGUAAUCAGUAAACGUGUUGGGCGGGAGAGUGGGCAGAGGGUUCCAUGCAGUGAUGUGACAGAAGUGCUUAUUAUUAACUUUAUUACCAGUAUUUGUAAAAUAGAACAUGUGAAGUUGUCAUGCAUAGCACCAUUGUUCGUUGCUUUCUCAAACGCCUAAACAAGGCCACUUCCUCAGUUGUCUAGUUAAUAGUGGAUAUAUUUAAGUUCCUUUAAACAUAAUACAAUUGUGCUGAAAAUUCAGCGUGAAGAAAAACGUAUUGUAACAAAUGUUAGGGAAGUGGCUUCUGACAUCCCUUUCUGAUUAAGAGUCAUUUGUAGUAGAAAUAUGAAGAUAUGGGAUUUGAAUGAAUGCUAUUACCACUUGAUGAGAAUCUCAUGCUAUUAGAAUUAGCACCAGUGAUUCUGACCGGCAGUAGAAAAACAAGGUAUAUUAUAUGUAUAUUUUCUGAUCUGUUGAGUGUUAUUACUGGAAGUGGCUUUGAUUUAGGUUCAUGUUAAUUGUUUUAUGUUGGUAAAUUUGUCUGUACUAAGUCCACUCGUAUUGCUUGCUUUUGUAUUCCUCUUAUUGAGAUUUUUCAUAUGAAAUAUAUAUGUCUGAUCUUGUGUAUAUGCUGCAUAGGAAAUGUCAAAUGAACAGCGGAUAAGGGAUGCCAACCAACGUGUCCAUAGAAUCUACAAGUCAUAGAUGAAAUAAACAAGCAGCCAGGGUGGGGGACAGCCUGGAUACCAUCUGACUGGACCAGACUGCUUGGAAGUCAAAACAAUGGCGAUAGGGACAUGGAAUACACACACACAGUGAACUGUCUGCUGCAAAGAUGGUGUUAUGAGUUGUGGCAUUAGCCCUUUAUUGUUUGCAUUCAAAUAUUUAUUAACUUUACAUAGUUUAGAAAUGUUUAUGGUAUUAUGGAAAAAUUUCAACUAAUUUUUAUUUGUGUAAUACCAAAUUAACCUUCAGUUUUGUAUGUGUAAACAUCAGUAUGCAAAUUAUAAGGUAAGUAAAGUGUUCAGUGUCUCCUUCACUAGGGUAUUAAACUUCCUAUUCAGCACAAAAUGCUUGAGAAAGUGACUUUUCAAGUAUGUACUUAUGUGUUACAGCAUAGUAAUUUACCUCUUGUAGACUUAUUGUUACUGUGGAUGAAAAAUGUGCAGGUUGUUGGCAAAAGUAUUUUAUUUAUAUUGUUCGUUAUUUAUUCUCUCUUCAAGAACUUCAUUGUAAGGGAAACUCCAAGAAGUUUCAUGUUUCAACCUUAAUAACUCUUUGUCUGCUGAUAAACUAACUUGUACAAAGUAGGGGAGAUUGUUGUUUCAUGUACCAUACUCUGUUGUAUUUGAUAGGAAGCUACUGGACCAUGAAAUCGUUAAUGGCAAGAUGAAUUUUGGUAACUUAUAUAUGCCAACAUAUGUGUGUGUAUAUUAUAUUUUUUUUGUAUAUAUUGAAAAAGUAGUGUGGCAGUUUGUUCGGAUUCAGUUAUAUAAAAUUUUCUCUUGCAAUGUGCAUAGAAUUAUUAAACUUGGUUUAACAAGUUUAAGCUGUGUUUUACAAUUUUCUUCCUGUUACCAUUACAAGUAAUUCAGGGUUUCUGCUUAUGUAGAUACCAUCUUCAAUUUUAAACUCAAAAAUGUGAUACAGAGCAAGAGAUUAUGUGUUAUGUACUCGUAUUGUGUUGUGUGAAUAGAGUAAGAAUUUCAUUCAGAACAAAUAUUCAGUAAUGUAAUUUGUGUAAUUGUAAUUGUAUAGCUAUCAGAAUCAUACUCAAGUCUUCAGGCGCUGAUCCCAGAAUGGGUCCUAUUCUGGGCAGAAUACUGGGCAGAAGAAGUCUCGGGUCUAUAAUAACUAGCAUGCCAGUAAUGUAUGUAGGCAUGGUGAUGUGCUGUGACUUUAAAAUUUCUUUCCAAUACCACACAUGCCUUUGUUAUUUAUUGUUUGUAGAUUUUAUAGCUAAUGCAAAGAUAAUGAAAGCUAUGUUGCAUAUACACUAUAUUUUAGUAGAAACCCUGUAUUGCUGUAUUGUUAACAUUGGUAAAUGACGAUUUUCUAAGUAGUUGUAUUACUGUUAGGGGAUUGUGAUGUAUUUUAUAUGACAUACAGUAAGGAAGGAAUGUAUAGACUAUUUGUGUCAUGAUUCUGCUCUUCUAUAUACAGUAAGCUCCUCAUUAUCUUGCAUAUAUGGGGAAUGGAGUUGGUCAGUUAUAUGAAUCUACAGGGUGCAGAAAAGGCUGCAAAAAAAAAACAAUAAGAAGUGAAAACAUUACGUUUUCACUUUAGUUCUUGCAUGAGAGUCGUCCUAGGUGUUACUGUGGGUUGAAGGAUGAAAGAUUUUAGACACAUACUGCAACAUGAUCAAAAAUUCAUGUAGCUUCUAUUGUAAUGGCAUCUUUGAGUGGAAGGAUGACAGGUAGAACUGCAGCAUGACAGAUGAACAUAAGAGCAUUGCAAAUUUGUUUCUGAAAAACUUCAUAAACAUGGUAAGUUUUCUUUGAAAAUUUUUCUA